AUAUAAAACAGAGAAUUUAAAUCGAGAAUCGAUUGCGAGUCGCUAUGAUGCGAUAGUAAUUAACAGCACUCAUUCGACAAUCGUGCGCCGCAGAAAGAAACCAGUGUAUGUUGUGUUAGUGAUUAUAAAAUAAUUUAUAUACAAUUGUUAACAUGAAGGAAAUUAUAUUUUUUGUACUGGUCGGAUGCAGUUUGGCAUUGGCAGCAACGCCAUGUUGUCCGAACGGAGAAACUUUAAUACCGAAGGGUUUCUGUGGUACGGAGAAGAUGACAGCGAUCAACUGCACGAAUGGACGAAUGGUUUUAAGAGAUAUUAUUCUAGAUGGAACAAAAGUCUCCACUCAAGACUCACCCAGCUUUGUUUUUGUUGAAGAUCCUAAUCAGUAUUGUGUCGCCAACAUGUAUAAGAACAACAGCAAUCACUCCUUGGGCACCCUCCCAGUGGCAAUAGUGUGUUUUGAAGAAAUUUCUAAGACAAGUGACAUAGAAACCAGCGGAGUUCUAACCCUGAUUUCUGUAUUUUUCCUUGUUGCUACUAUUGCCGUGUAUACCUUCCUGCCCCAGUUGAGGGACCUUCAAGGACUAUGCUACAUGUGCAUGUGCGUCAGUAUGGCUUUAGGAUUCUUGUCCUUGGGAAUACUUCAACUAAGCCCUGGAUUCCGAGGCGAGAUUUGUACUGUGACAGGAUUUCUCGUCUAUACCUGGAUGAUGGCAACUUUCUUCUGGAUGAAUGUAAUUUGCAUUAACGUCUACCGAUCGGCACUGGACUCAACUUAUUUGAAGAAGACUGAGAAGAAACAGUAUUUUUUGUACAGCUGUUAUGCUUGGGGUUGCACUCUUUUGUUCCUGACGGUCACCCUGAUUGCUAACUUCGUUGAGGGGCAACAUUUCAAACCAGGUUUUGGUAACGGCAGCUGCUGGUUCAGUGGUCGAACGGAAACCUGGAUAUUCUUCUAUGGACCGAUUGCUGUCCUCAUUACUGCAAAUGUUGUUCUAUUCGCCAUGAGUUCAUUCAAUUUGUGGAGGCAGACUCGAAAGUACGAAGUGAACACACUCAACGUUCUGAAGCAUAAGUUCUUGCUCUCUUUGAAGUUGUUCCUGGUUAUGGGCAUUUCUUGGAUUUUCGAGAUCGCUAGUUUCGCUCAUGGAUCAGUUCACAUUAUCUGGAAAAUAAUGGACACGUUCAACUGUCUUCAAGGAGUCAUCAUUUUCUUACUACUCGUCAUCUUUAGAAGGCGGGCAAUGCGAGGCCUGGCUAGUGAGAAUAUCUGCGCGCGCUUCAGUCGCCCUCUGGCGGAGAAACUAAGUCCGCACGAUGACUCCGAUGACCAACAGAUACUAGGUGACGAUACCGUUGAGGUCAGGUUAAAUUGAAAUAGCACUUAUCUCCCAGCACACCGUUCCAUUUUGUAAUUUCGACGUCAAAUUGGGUUAAAAUAAUUUCCAACCUAGUCAAUAGAAAAUUCCAACGGAAUAUUUACAAACUACUUAUAUUAUAUUGUGUGUAUGAACCGAAGUGAUAAUUAUUCAAUAAUUUUGGAGGCAAUGGCAUAAUUUAUUAUUGUUUAAUAAUUAAAUAGUACCUACUAUGUUAAAGCUCUCAGUUGUGGUUUAGGUGCAACAAUACGUUAUCAGAAAACAAAAAUAUUUAAAAGUCCAUCUCAUUAUGUUUAUGAAUGUUAGGUCACCGUGUCAUAAUCAAAUUGGUACUUAUUUUUGUAUAAAAGAUAAGUAUUCCAUUAAUUACGAAUUUAUUUUGUAUAAUUUUAUUCUAAUUUUUCUUAUCUAAUUAUUUAAUACUAAUUUUUGUUUGCCACAGUUAAAGCUUGUUUAACAUGAUCUGAUACUCCUUUUAGAACACGCUAUUAUACUUUUAGUAUCACCAGUGCCAUAAGUGUAGCUACCUAUUUUAAAGAGGGAACUCAAAUAAAUAUUAGGUGUUUUAAUAAACAAAGAUUAUAAUUAAGAUUUUAGAAAUGUUCUAGGAUUUACCUAAUGUAAAUACUAUAGAGUAAUAUUUCAAUAAUUUAAGGUUCUUAUAAGUAAUUAAAUAUAAUUGUUCUUUUUAUUCAAGAAUGCAUGUUGGUAUCAAAUACUAAUAAAUCUAUUUAAAUU